CCGACGAAGUGCGCGUCUAGAUUGUUGCUAGGACACAUCAAACUUUCCGGAGCCAGAGAGAGAGAAAAAGCAGAUCGCCAAAAUGAUGGAAAUAGUGUAUGUUUAUACUAAAAUACGGAGUGAAUUUGGCCGGCAAUGCAACUUUUCAGAUCGCCCAGCAGAGCUACAUGCUGACAUUCUCCCAGAUCCAACAUUAGCGGAAAACUUCAUCGAAAAAAAUCCCGUUGAUGUGUUUAUACAGGUUUCAAAGGACAUGUCUGAACAUGAGGUCAAUACUGAACGUUUUAAGACAGAGACUCGAGGGAUUAACCAUGUAGAGGGUGGCUGGCCUAAAGAUAUAAAUGCAAACGAUCUGGAACAUACCAUUCGUUAUAGGAAGAAAGUGGAAAAAGAUGAGAAUUAUGUCUACACGAUCAUGCAGCUGGGUAGUUUAAUGGAGCACUGUGUUAAACAGAACAAUGCUAUCAAUAUUUAUGAGGAGUACUUUGAAGAUAAGGGGGAAUAUGUGGAAAGAGUUGAGGAACCUUCAGCUGCAAAAACCAUAAAUGUUUUCAGCGACCCUAAUGAAAUUAAGCGGACAGUAUCUCAUCUCUCAUGGCAUCCAGAUCAAGGGCGGAAACUAGCAAUUUCUUAUUGUUGCCUGGAAUUUCAAAGAGCUGCUGACAAUAUGAGUUAUGACUCAUACAUCUGGGAUAUGGAAAAUCCAAAUAAGCAUGAAAUGGUGAUAAAGCCAGUAUCUCCUCUUGUGUGUCUUGAGUACAACCCCAAAGAUUCACACAUUCUGGCUGGAGGCUGUUACAAUGGACAGAUGGGAUACUGGGAUACACGGAAAGGAAGUCAGGCAGUUGAAAUGCCAGCGAUUGAAGUUGGGCAUCGGGAUCCUGUAUAUAAGAUCAUUUGGUUACAAUCUAAAACAGGAACAGAAUGUUUUUCUGCUUCUACUGAUGGACAGGUGCUGUGGUGGGAUAUCCGGAAAUUUAGUGAACCUGUAGAGAGACUCGUUCUGGACGUUACAAAGAAAGACAAUCCGGACAUCGCACAUGGCGCUGUUUCACUGGAGUUUGAAUCCACCAUGCCAACCAAGUUUAUGGUAGGGACAGAACAAGGUGCCAUAAUAUUGGGGAAUCGAAAAGGAAAAUUGCCAGCUGAGAAGAUUGUGACCACCUUCACUGGUCAUCAUGGUCCAGUCUAUGCUGUGCAAAGGAACCCUUUUUACCCAAAGAACUUUCUAACAGUUGGAGACUGGACAGUCAGAAUUUGGUCUGAGGACAUCCGGGAAUCAUCCAUUAUAUGGACUAAAUACCACAUGUCCAAUCUGACAGAUGGUUGUUGGAGCCCUGUAAGGCCAUCUGUUUUCUUCACAACCAAAUUAGAUGGAACUGUGGAUACAUGGGACUUGUUAUUUAAACAUAGUGAACCAACGCUCAGCAUUAAGGUGUGUGACGAACCUCUGUACAGUUUGCGUAUCCAAGACAAUGGACGAUUACUUGCCUGUGGUUCCUUCCUGGGCACAACAACCCUGCUCGAGUUCUCAUCAGGUUUAUGUACUUACCAAAAAAAUGAAAAAUCACUUGCAAAUGCCAUGUUUGAGAGGGAGACAAAACGAGAGAAGAUUCUGGAAGCACGGCAACGUGAAAUGCGGUUAAAAGAACGUGUUAAAUCUGAACAAGGAAAAGUGGUGGAACACAAAGAAGAUGAGGAGGAAACUAUUGAAUACAAAAUUGCGCAAGCUGAGAAAAUGUUCUUUGAAACUAUUGAACAAGAAAGAGAGAGAUUUGAGAUGGAGGCGGAAAAAUUGGAUGACAGGGAAAAGACGCUAUCAGAGGAGGAAGAGGAGAUGGAUGACUAUUAAUGAAAAAAUGGAACUGCAGUGUCAGCUGAGUAAAUUAAUUCAAUUUGCUUCAUUAUUGAAAGAACAGCCAGCAUCCAGAAGAUUAAUAUCUUGAAACUGGGUAUUGACAUCUGGACAUUAAAUGCACCUAUUUUCAUAUUACAUUGAAUUUAUUCAAAACAUGGUUUUCUUUGAAUUUUUAAAUAAAAGUUCCACAUUGUC